CUCUUUUCUCACAGAGGAUGGAGCAGACUGUGUAAACGGGACAGACAGUGGACGAAGAGCUCCUGUGCUGCACUCAGACCCCGUGUGCUCUGCUGGAACUCUCCACUUCAGCCAUCAUGAAGCUCUGGCUCUUCUUCACACUGGCACUGCUCUGGCUGGAGGUCCAAAAUGGUGUGUGUCAGCAGGUCAAGCGUAAGAAAGAGGCUGGUGAGAACCGCAUUAGACCAGGAAGAAGGAGGGUGAAGGUUCGCUACCCCAAAGUAAAAGAAAAGGAGGCAGGAAGCAAGGGCCAGUCUAUUCUCACCCAGGUCCUUGAUAAAGGCCGUUUUCUCAGAUUGGGCGAGAGCCUUUCUUUGAAUCCUGGGAAAACACUGGAACUGAGAUGCAAAGGGACUAAUAUAGGUUGGGCGUAUCCCUCUUAUCUGGACACCUUCAAUGACAACCGCCUCAGCAUCAAGCAGCAUGAGCGGUACAGUCAGCUGAUUCUGACCUCGCCCUCUGCUGCUGAUACGGGGGAGUACAGCUGCUGGGUGGUGCUCUGUGACGGAGAAGAAUGUACAAAGGAUGGAGAAAGCACCUCUGCUACCUACAUAUACUUCACAGACAAAGACGAGCUGUUUGUCCCCUCUGCCAUCCAUUUUGAGAUCAUCUACCUGCGCCCUGACAAGCCUGCCACUGUCCCGUGCCGGGUGACAAACCCCAAAAUCAACGUCUCGCUGCAUAGGGAAGUUCCUGCAGAAGAAAUUGCUGUGGAUGGGAUCCAGGUCUCUUACAACCCCAUGAAAGGCUUCAUCAUCCAAAACCCCAGUCCAGAACACAAGGGCGCUUAUUACUGCAAGGCCAACAGCACCACGAAAACCACUCCACAAAUAUCCACUAAAUACCAGCUGCUGUAUGUGGAAGUGCCUAGUGGCCCACCUUUGGUGACUAUUGAGGCUUCUUCGAACAUAGCGAGUGGUGGAGACAUCUUCAAUGUUACAUGCACAGUUCUAGGUGAACCUGAGAUGAAUGUCAGCUUCAGCUGGAGCUAUCCUGGCCAGGGUCAGAGGCCGGUGAGCAUUCAUGACUCCUGGCGACUGAUAAACCGCGGUGUGGGACACACAACACGCAUCUCCCAGAGCGUCAUGAUAGUGGAUGAUGUUGAAACGAUUGACUAUGGAAAGUACAUCUGCACCACCAAAAAUAAGCAUGGACAGACAUUGGUGGCCACAACGGUAAAGUCACAUGAAUAAGAACACAAAGAUUAUAUUAUUGAGCUGAGCUGGACUCCAUUCAAACUUCAGGCUUCUUGCUGCUUAAUAAUAUCAUUAUGAAAAACAUGCAUUCUAUAUAUGACUUGGAAAUAAAGUGCUUCUUUUAAACUCAAUGAUGGAGCAAGUUAAUGCAAGCUUCAUGUUCAAUGGUAAAUCAACAGCACACUUAAUACAGUUUGUGAUGCACCAUUGUCUGUGAAAUAGUGUUUUUCAAUCAUGCUAACCUAUACUACUCAGAAUGGUAGGUGUUAGGUUCUAUACGCAUGAAAUAUGUCUGAGGAGCAUGAAGGCUUUGUGCUCCGCUCUAAUGGACUCCGUAUGUGGAAUGUGCAGCAGGAGCCCAGUGCUAAUUUUGGUUCAGUGCGACACAUUCAAAGUAUGUUUCUCCUCCUCCCACAGAGAUUUCUGUUAUUGAAUUAUUAGCAAUUUAAGAAUAAGUUACAGUAGAAUUCACUACACAAAAAACAGAACAGAUCAGAGUCAAACUACAAGCCAAUUGAUGCAUAGACUUAGACUUCCAGCCUGAACAUGAUGAAAAGAAAUAAGAAAACCAACAGAUACAACAGGUUCUUGCACACAUUCACUGCUUGCUCCCAAAAAUG